CCUCUCCCCACUUACGUGUUUCCAUAAUGCCGAAGACAAUUGACACGCUCCCUACUGAGCUCCAUUCAGAAAUCAUCUCCUACCUUGACAUCCAGUCGCUAGCCGCGUUCACAGGCACAUCGAAACACUUCCACGACUUCCGUCCUUUCUUCUACAAAGUCAGAUGGCGUGCCGUUGUCAUCCGCUUCGAUAGUACAGACGGCACUCUUCUUGGUGGCCAUGAUCUUCAAGCAAUACUUUCUUGCGAGGGUCUGCGUCCGUAUGUUCAUGUUUUGGACAUUAUGGACGUCAGGAAGCCAAGAGCCAGACCCGACGAGAAGCCAGCAGCCAAGCCCGGCAAGAGCCCUACGACUCAGAGUAUCAGAUUGGAUCUCCAACGUACCUUGGAUCAACUCAGUGCCGGGCAUUGCUGGAACAUCGCGAAACACAUCUUGGAUGUUCACAGCAAGGGUGAGGGUAUUGAUGCCAUUCUUUGGUACAUCCGCAUUAUUCUUGCGCUGCUCCGGAGCGUAGAGUCAAUCACCAUCACCUCAUCAGUUUUCGCACGCCUCAAUCUGCCCAUACUACGUCCACGGCGGGUGGAAUUGGCUCAAAAUCCACACAGUGAAGCCACCGAGGGCCUAGACAUACGAAGUAAUGCGGAGUGGCAACCGAAAACCACGUGCGAUCAUUCAGGCAACUGUACAGUUGCUCUGCCGGCUCUCCACACCAUUCGGGUCCAUGGGAUGCAGGGCACCAUUUUGUCAGAAGAAUCCAAGGCGGCAGCCAGAGAGAUGCUGCGAUCUCAACCAUCCUUGGACGUCUUGUCCUUCAGGAACAUGGACCUGAGCGGAGCAGAUCUUGCCGGCAUGCUACCGCAGCGACUGAUGAAUAUACACCUGUCCCAUGUUCCCAUCAAAGAGGACAAUCUCGCAAGCAUUUUGACCUCAUGCCCGAGUUUGGUAGACGUCUGGCUCGGUGAUAUAUUCACCAUCGAAAAUUCGCAAAUUGCUCAAGUCCUUCGCAAUCAUGGGAAGACGAUCAAGCGUCUUCGGUGGGAAACGCGGCCGGACUGUGGAAUCUUGACGUUCCAGAACGCCUGGAAGUGUUGGCAGAAUAUUGGAAGCUUGCAGGAUCUCAAGGUUGUAGAGCUCAGUAUUCCUUCGACAUGGCUCUCCUUUGAGCUGGCAAGGGGUAGGUCUAUUGAAUCCUCGCUGCCCCGGUCGCUGCAGCGCAUUCGCAUAUGGGAGGGUUGUCAGUAUCAUGCUCAACGAGACGGUCAUCCAAACCACGAGUAUGACGCAGACAUGUUCAUACAGCUCUGUGGAAAGACAGAUGCACCCCGCCAUCCUCAGAUAUGCGCUCUUCAGCUCUGGGAUGCGUGCGCAUACAGUGGCAUCGAGUCUUCUCAAGAUUACCAGAAUCUACCAACCAUACCCUGUACACCUGGUUGGACAACAAUCUGUCGUCCAGGAACCAUUGAACGAAACAAGACUGGCGCAACAAUUUUGUAUGGUGGUUGGCUUGGAGAUGAGUUCGAUGCCGAGAUAUCAUGUCUUAAUUUGGCUUGUUCGCCCACAAUCCGAGCCGGCCACCAGAGCUAGAGUACCGCCGAAUAUCCCACGACGUACCUGUAGACCUCUUUAGAGCGCAAGGAUGCGACUUGCAUGAAUGUUAUGCUUAAUUACUCUCCAUUCGUUUUUGUGUUAGUGGAGAUACCCACUAUCCCAAUCAGGAAAUAUCAUAAGCCCCAUUCAUGGCCACAUGAUAUUACCGGAUUGGGACAUCGGCCCACGUCUCCGCUCUGGUACAUGUAGC